AACGAUUUUCACUGCACGCGUCGAAAUGAAAAUAUGACCAUGUCAUAAUAAUAAUAUUACGCCGCGGCAGUUCGCUAAAUUUUGUACGAUGUUUGUGUAACAAUUCAUUUUGUAAUUUUAUUAUUAAUCCACAGCCCGGUCGGUGGUUUUUUUUAAUGGUUUUUUUGUAACUAAUACUAUUAUUGUUAACAUAAUUUUACGAGCGUGCGAGUUUUGCGGAGGGUUCCAAAUUUGAACGGCCGUCCACCGCCACCGCCGACGCCUUUCGACUGGAGACAUUGAUCACAACAUUAUACAUAUUAUCAUACUAUAUACCUAUCUAUAAGAUCAUAAAAUGGUACUGUUUCGGAGUAGAAACUCGGUACGAAACGAAGAUGUUAUACCAGAUAUAUCAGCUCCAAUACUUCUAAGAAUGACAGCUAUUAGAAACAGUAUGCAUGCGGAACAUCAAUUUAUUGGUGAUAAACACAGCAGUCUUUAUGGCGUACAACAAGCAGACGUCAGCUUGUGGAACAAGAACAUGGGACAAAAGUGGCGGAAGAUCCGGCGUCGGUGUUCGUCGUUCAACACGGGCACUGGCAAGGACAAAUCGGCGGCGGUGGACGGGCCUCUGCUGCCACCGUCGCCGUCGUCGUCGGACGACUCGACCGCGUCGUUGUCGCCGCCAAUAACAUCAGCGAACACAGUGCAAGACAUGUUGCGCGCCCGACUGAACAUGCUGAACAUCGGCUGCAAGCGCCGGUCGCAGCUGCAGCUGUUCGGCAACACGCGCCCGAACAGCCUGGCCUCGGACACGUCGUCCACGUUUUACGUGCCGUCGCCGUUGCUAGGACAGGACGUGGACGCCAUGGGCCCGUGUUCGCUGCCCGUCGCAUUCGACCUGUCCGCCGACCACCGGCUGAUGCAGCCGUCAUCGCUGUGCCGCGUCGCCGAGACGCCGUCGUCCUGCGGUUCGUCCGGCCGUGGGACCGCCGACGACGGAGCCGGUAGCGACCGGUCGUCCGUGUCGUACAGCGACCACGGUUACAACAGCAUCGUCAGCACCGCGACGGCCACCGGAUACGACGCCGACCGACUCAGCUGUAGACCUCAUUCGUUCGUUGUCAGACGGUCCGUAAAUAACGCUGCGCGGCGACCAACGCGUUGCAGUGGCGACGACACUGACGACGGUUACAACGACGACGACGGCGACGGUGACGACGAUGACUAUUACAAUUGCAGUCUGCUGUUGCAGAACAAACCGAAGAUGCGAUCGUGCCGUAGGUGGUCGCAAGCCGACUCCCUGGCCUUGGACACACCACUGACGACUAAAGCGUUCAGGAUCGGGGGUGCCGUGUCCACGUCCGCGCCCGGGCACGGCGCCUGUCGUCCACGUCUGGGCGGCCCAUCUUCGCUGCAGCAGGCCUACACGCCGCCGCCGCAGCAACAGUUACCAUCAUUGCAGCAACAAUUACCGCCCAUGCAGCAACAGUUACCGUCCCUGCAGCAACAGUUGCCGCCGCGAUCGUCGCCGCCACCGCUGCCGCCGCCACUGAUGCACAAACCACUGCCUCCGCUGCCACCGCCGCCUUCGGAAAGGACCGUCGCUGAUCUUCCGGCCAUACCGGAAUCGUCGCAGUGGGACGAGCAACGCGCACGCCACCGCCGACGGACACCGGAACAGCAGCAGGCUGACAGGCUGGAAAGAAACGGUUCGACAAGGGUCAGCGGCAGGAACCCGUAUCGCACGUUCAACGGGAGGACCGCGUCACCAGCCGGCGCCACUGUCCCCAGUUCCGGCGGCGGUGGCGGUGGCAGUGGCGUCGUCCCGGCGGACCAUUGUCAUCGCAACAAUCUGCAGGGCGGAAAAAACGACGGCAAUUGUUUCUACACGUUGCCGCGGGGUGGCGGCAAGGAUGCGUGUUUCACGAUAAUGACGGUCAAGUUCCACAAAGGCCCGGGCCACAAGUGCUUGGGUUUCAGCAUCGUAGGCGGCACGGACUCACCGAAAGGUACGAUGGGCAUCUACGUGAAAACCAUAUUUCCGAACGGACAAGCCGCCGAUAAGGAGACGUUGAAAGAAGGUGACGAAAUCCUGGCCGUCAAUAACAAGCCGUUGCACGGGUUAAGUCAUCGCGAAGCCAUAGCUGUGUUCAAAGAGAUCAAACUGGGAGAAAUGGCGUUGCAUAUCGGUAGGAGGGUUCCGAAAAGAACUCGGGAAUCGGUCAAGUCGAUGCGAAGUCCUUGAAAAGAAGAAUAUUCAUCGAGAUUCUCAUUUCAACGGACGGUGUUAUUAUUAUUAUUAUAUUUACUAUAUCAUUACGUUUUGUACCUAUACCUAUAAUUUUAUUCUGAGUUUUAUGUAAUGUUUCGAUCGUUUAACCAAUAAUUAUUAUUAAUUUCUCAUUUUUACAUAUUAUUAUACAGGUUGGCCGCCGCGAUUUCUCGUUUUUCAACACUAACUAUAUAAGUCUAUAAUAAUAUAUUAUACGUACCUAUGUGAAAAAAGAGCAAAUAACGGUAACCCACCCUAUGUGGCUAAUGUAUAUAAUAUUUUAUAAUAUAUUAUUUCUGUGUGUCUGCAUACAUUAAUAUGUAAUAACUGUUACCAGUGUGUAAAUAAAAUAUUUACAAACAUUUGA